GGCAGCAAUGUUAAAGAGAUUUUCCUGCAUUCUGGUAAUUGUAGUUUUGGGACAAAUUAAAAUAACAAGAAAUCUAAAAGGAUAUUAAUUAUUUGACUGUUUUUAUGAAGAUGUUUAUGGUUUGGGUUUCUAUGAGAAUUAAUGGAAAUUAUCUUUUGUGUGGGUCCCCAAAUGUAAUUUACACAUCCCUAUGUAAUCUUCAAACACACACACACACACACACACACACACAUCUCCAUACACCCUCCCCAGUUCUUUCUGCAAUUACUCCACACACACACACGCACACGCACACACACACACACACACACUACCACCCCUCUUGCAGUGACAGCCCUCACCAGACACUUUCUUCAUCCUUCUAUCCAUCAUCUAUCUCUUCUCUCUCACACACAUACACACAGUCCACAUGUGCAUGUGUCUGUUUGACUAGCGUGCCUCAGUUAUCAGACUGUACUGAUCUGGGUCGGGGGGAGAAAAGAGAGGAGAGAAAAGGAGAGGAAACAAGAGAAGAAAGAGGAUAAGGGAGAAAGAGGAGAGGAGAAGGGUGGGAGGGCUUUUCUUUUUUUACCUCUAUCUUCAGGACUCCAGCAGGACAGGGGAGUUUCUGUGACUCUGAGCACCAGUGCAGAAGACAUCAGACCUGUUUACUUCUGCUCUUCUUCACCUCUCCUCCUUUCUUUCUUCAGAGUGGAAGUCCUGAGCACUGGCUGAGGUAAGUGUAAGUGAGCGGCCGUUUGGACAAGGAUGGCUCUCUCUUGGUGUCUCUUGCUGGCCAUGGCCCUCUUUUCUGGUCCCGGCACCAUCUAUGCCCUGGCACCUGAAAAUGAAGUGACAUUACACCCCACAACAUGGCUGAGUGAAAACAGGGUCACACCAGUACAUCUGCCUAAAGGACACACUCGCAGACUGUAUUUCACACUAAAGAAGAAAGCCGAUUUGCUGUCCGUUACUGUGAGCCCCUGUGCAGUGCCCAUCGAAUGGAGCUUGGCUGUUCGGACCCUGAAGGAUAAACCGCCUAAGAAAACACACUGGAGCUCAAAGAAGAGCAUGCCUGAGGUUUGGUGGAGAGGUUCUGGAAGAGAGGUUAGGAUUUACACCUACACCGGCAAUGCUGUAGACACCUACACCGGUCCUGCCUACGCUCCGGCGUCCAUCUACAUCCUGCGGCUGAAAUCAAACGAACAGGACACGCAGGUGUCAGCAUACCUCCACGAAGGUCCUGGUCCCUCGGGGGCUUUCCCGGAGCUGCCGUCGGACCCCAGAGUGCACACACUGGGGGUGGGCAUGACCAGUGUCACCUUAAACUGGGCUCCGAGCUCAUCCGUAGUUAUUAAAGAUGGUCACCGGCCACAUCAUGAAUACUGCGUCUUAGUCAACCACAAACAUAACUACCGAAAUCUUUGCGCUGCUCAUGAGGGAAUCCGAAAGGAGAUACAGAGUAUGCAGAAGAGACAAAGGAGGGACAAACAAAGCAAAGAGAUUGUGUGGGCAACACUUAAAGAUUGGUGGUGGCGGCAACCAGAUGCCCUCAAGGAUCAUGAAUCAUCCACGACUGACAAGUUUGAGGACACUGGGUGUGUGUGCAGGGACAUCGAAAGUGUGUGCACGGUUUCAGACCUGCUUCCGGAUACACAGUACUACUUUGACGUGUUCAUAGUGGACAAGGUUAACGGCACGAGUGCGGCCUACACCGGCACUUUCACCCGCACGCACGAGGAGGCUCGUCCAGCCGUCACAUCCUUACGGGAAGGCCAGGUCAAAUGGGUCACCCUGACCUGGGACGCAAACAGUCUACAAGGGGAUCAGUUCCGAUUUAAACCUCGCGGGUGGCAACAAAAUGGCCUCCUAACCUUGCAUACCUGCAAUGGCACUAGUAAAGUCAAGGUCACCGUCUCCAGUAAAGGACGGACUUUGACGACUCAGGAGGUGGGUCACCAGCUUGCCCAGAUAUGGUUGCAGGGUGCCCCAUCGUACCUCAUCCAGCUCCAGGCCUUGGAUCCAGGUUCCUCGUCGACGAUUCCUAAAGGUGAUUCCAGCAAGUCCAAAUUCUGUCUCAAAAUGCAGACGUCAUCGGCGUACCACCGCCGAGCUGUGCCGGUGUUUCCCACCACACUACAGAUCAAGUCUUUCAACAAGUUGCGGACCUGCAACUCCGUCACUCUGGCCUGGAUGGGGACCGAAGAGCGGAGUCUCUAUUGCAUUUAUCGGCGGCAGAUCCCACUUGACAGCAAGCACACCUCAACUGAUCGUUGCCUCGACCCAGAGUCCCGUCCUGCCGAUGAGAGAGUCCUCUGUAAGUAUUUCCAGGAGCUGAACCCACGGCGGGCAGUCACAACAGCAGUGGUCAGUGAACUGGAACCAGGGAUGCUAUAUGUGUUCGACGUCUAUCUUAUGAGACGCUGGGGACUUCCAAUUAAGUACCACAGCAAGACGGUGAGAACCAGGAGUGAAUGUUGAGUGAACAUCUCAGAAUCUUGCUCUCAGUGGAGAAGGACUCAAUGGAGAGAUAUUACGCCACAGGAAAGCCAAUGUAAGGCCAGAGAGGGACCUAUGGGGGCCUUGAUCUGGUGCAGUGGAGGUCGAAUGUGACCACUGAAAGACAUAAACACACAUUAAUAUGCAAACACACAGACACACAAAUACCAACAGAAGUGAGACCAAGCUCACACCAGCAAAAACUAAUUGACUUUACGAUGUUCCCGUUUUAAUGUUUGUGUUGUUGUUGUGUGUCUCUGUUAUUAAUUAUACAGUAUUGAGUGUCUGAAUAACAGAAACUCUCUUGUCUCUUACACAAUAGAGGACCGUGCCAAAAUAUGUAAGAGAAACAGCCGGAGGCCUUUGAGCACCAGUGCUAAACAGAGCUGUAUCAGCUCUCUCAAUCUGCCACCAGUAUCAGAGAAAGACACCAAGUGAGGGAGGGGCAAGAGAGAGUGAGAGAGAUGUGUGAAGUCAGUGUGUUGAUUAUGCUCUGCUAAAGCAUGCAGCAGGGAAAAACGAGUUAGCAGUUCGCUUCGUUGUCUGUGAUGUGAUUGUUGUGCUGCGCUUCUGCGCACUAAUAAAAACACAGUUAACAACCAGACAUGAAAAUGAUCUGUAGAUGCUUCACGCUUUGACAUUCAUCAAGGGCAAUGGUUGUUCAUGUUCCUGAAUAUAAAAUGGACUGAAUUUAGGUUAUACAUGUGAAUGCAAUUCAGUGUAGCGAUGUUAGUAGCAAACAUGCACACUUUACCACUGUUACAAUAGGAAUGUCUUAGUAUUAAUAAUACUGAUUAUACAAAUAAUCAACAGACAUUGUGAGUUCUUAUUAAAUAUUACAAAUAUUUAUGAAUAACUUAGAAUGCUGCAGUCCCACAGACAUCAAAAGUGCUCCAAUGGCUCCCUCUGCCGUCCAAAUGAGGAACAAACCCUAAACGGCUGCUGGAUGUCCGAAAAAUAGUUGUGGGAAUUUUGAAUCACUAAAAAGAUUUGUUUAGUGUCCGUUUCUACAAGAUAGAUCAUUUUGACAAUAGGUGGCAACAAAUCUUCAAAGGCUAUUUAAUUCAAAAUUCUUUGAAUUCUACAAAAGAGGAAAAAAAAAUAUUUCAGGUUUGAUGAGGAUGAUGAAAGAGUGAUUAAAUGACGACAUAUAGGGUAAAAUAUCAAUUUAAGUCGACUGAAACAAGUCUUAUUAAUAAAAUGUGUGCGCAAUGGGUUUAAUGUCAAUUUAAUUGCAUAUGGUCAUCAGUCAUUUUAUACUCUAAAAGUGGAAAACAGCAAAUAAAUAGUUAAUUUACUGUUGAUUAAAUUGAUUCUGCAAAAAUGUAAACUAUCAAAUAAAAUUAUCAGAAUAAUCA